AUGUACUGGUACCUCUCGUUCCUCCGCCCUCCGCCAGUAUCCCUCGCCGUCCCCACAGACGGCGUCAUCAUCACACCACAGGUCGCAAACGACUUGAGAACAGAACUCCGCCUCGACCCCACCGAGAUCCACUACACAUGGCAGCGCGUUCACCCGUCGCGCACGUCGCCCACCCGGGCCCAGCACCUCACUGUCUUUGCGCCGCCAGCCAGCACGUACCGCCCCGUCACUGUGCCCCUCCCCAAGGCCGCGCGGGCGGGCGAGAAGUGGCGCCUGGGCCUGCUCUCGCCGCCCGCGACGAUGCCGGCGUCCACCCCGCUCCUGAGCUUGAGCAACGGCGAUCCGGGGGUGUUGGGCGUGUGGAGUGAGGGCAUCGCGUUCACCGCCGACACGGGCAGCAGCAACAGCAGUGGCAGCCUCAGCGGCGCGGUGCGCGGUGUCGGCGCCGUCAAGGCCAAGGCCAAGCCUGUCAAGGGAGGCAAGGAGGACAGCAAGGACAAGGGAAAAGGAAAGGACAAGGGUAAAGGCAAAGACGACGGACCGAAGCAGACGCGCAUCACGCGCGAAUGGCCGGCGCCCCGCGGGUCGCUCAAGGUCGUCGAGCAGACGAGCUUUGACCUCGACAAGAAAGUUUGGGACUCGGGACUGGCGCUGUCGUCCUGGCUCUGGCGAUACAUGGCCGCCGGGGCUGGCGAGAGCAGCAGCCGUCUGCCAGAUGACGCGCGCCGCGCCCUCGACCGCCUGGCGGCUGCCCGAGUCGUCGAGCUCGGGAGCGGUACGGGCCUCGUGUCCAUUGCGCUGGCGCACAUCUGCCCCGCCGGCGGCGAGAUCACAGCGACGGACCUCGGUGAGUUGGGUGGCGUUCGUGGCACAGCUGACAAGGCAGAUUCGGCAAUGGAGAUCAUGGCCGAGAACAUUACGUUGAACGGCGGCGGUGUCACCCCGGCCGUGCUCGACUGGGACGCACCCGUGCCCGAAUGGGUGGCAUCGGACUGGCCCGACGUUGUCGUUGCCGCAGACGUGACCUACAACACGGCGUCGUUCCCGGCCCUCGUCGGCACGCUGGAACGUCUCCUUGUCCCUGCUGACGGGCGCAAACCGCUCUUGCUGCUGGCGUACAAGCAGCGUGAUGCCGCCGAGAGAGACCUGUGGGGAAUGCUCAAGGACAAGGGCAUUCGGAUGGUCCUGGUGGACAAGGUGCGUGGCGCCGAGGAGGACGGCCAGGUGGAGAUUUGGGUCGGCGGUGCCGAUGUGCGCGUAUACUAG